UGCGUGAAAUAUGUAUAUAUUUGUAGGUAAAAAUUAAUUUGUUUUAAAAACUGGAAGAUUUUUUUUUUAUUCUGUCAAAUGGGGUCAUAUUACCAUUAACAUUUCUCUCUCCUUUGAAAUGCUUCAUAACCCAACCUACACCACUCGAGAAUCACCAUGCUUUAGGACUUUGAUUACGUGUAAUAAGAGAGUGCCUCCUCAUCUUACUCUGAAGACCCACACGACAAAGCCUAAAACAAACAAGGGCUAUCAAUUAGCUUGGAAUUACAAAAGGAUUCAAGGCAUUAUAUAUUUUUACCUUGGAGAGAGAAAUUACAUAGAAUGAGAAACGUUUGUAUGCAAAAAUGUUCUGGUGAAAUGUGAAAGAAUAAUUCCCUAAAUAAACUUACUACCUCUAUUUAGGUAUUUCCUAUAUCUCCUAUAAAUGGCCUGCCUUACCAUAUCUAAAUUCGCUCUAAUUAAAAACCCAAAAAACAAACCACACAACCUCGUAAGAAGAACUUCAACAGAAAUGGAUAAAGAAAACUUCAUUCCAAGAGCACUAUUUUGUUUUCUUCUCAUGGUAUUGAUCGAAAACAACCAUGCUGCAGUUGUCGAUGUAAAAACAAAAGGCGCCAAGGGCGAUGGUAAAACCGAUGAUGGCCCGGCUAUACUGAAUGCUUGGAAAGUUGCCUGCGGAGGACCAUCACCAAGCUCGCUUCUGAUUCCACCGGGGACUUAUUUCGCAGCUCCUAUUCAACUGAAAGGUCCAUGCAAGGGCCCGAUUGAGAUCAAGGCCACCGGAGCAACUAUCAAAGCCCCACCGGAGGUUGCAAAGUUCAAAACUGAUGGUUGGAUCGAGAUCGAGGGUGUCGAUAAGUUGACUAUGACUGGUGGUAAUUACGAUGGUCAAGGCCAGGCAACUUGGAAGAGUAACAACUGCGCCUCUACUGGAGUAUGCAAAUUACCUGCUAAUAUCAGAUUGACUAACUGCAAGAAUGCAGUGGUGAAAGACUUAACUUCCACCAAUAGCAAAUUCUUUCACAUGAACAUAUUGGGGUGUGACAAUUCCAACCUUGACCAUGUUACCAUUAAUGCACCUGGAACAAGUCUCAACACGGAUGGAAUUCACAUCGGGAGACUAAAUGGGCUCAACAUCACAAACACAAACAUCAAAACAGGUGAUGAUUGCAUUUCGUUUGGAGAUGGAAGCAAGAACGUCCAUAUCGAGAAAGUGACAUGCGGACCAGGACAUGGCAUCAGUAUUGGAAGCCUCGGUAGAUACCCAAAUGAAGCACCUGUACAAGGAAUCUGGAUCAAAAACUGCACCAUCACCGGCACUGACAAUGGACUCAGGAUCAAAUCCUGGCCAGCUGGCACACCAGGUAGCGCCAGUGACAUGCAUUUUGAAGAUAUAAUCAUGCAAAAAGUGGGAAAUCCGAUACUGGUCGAUCAAGAAUAUUGUCCUUCUGGUAAAUGCCAGAAAGGACCUUCAAAAACGAAGUUGUCAAAUGUGAGCUUUAGGAAGAUCAAGGGAUCAUCAACAACUAAGGUAGCAGUGAAGCUUAUUUGCAGCCCCGGGACAUGCCAGAAUUUUGAGGUUGCUGAUAUCAAUUUGCAAGGACCUGGAGGACCUGCCACCUCUGAGUGUAAAAACAUCAAACCUAAAGUUGUGGGUCAAGUUGUCCCUCCGGCUUGUCCUUAAGUGCUUGCGGAAUUUUCAUAGGAAAAAAGUGGAUCCAAUCAUUCACGAGUUGCAGAAAGGAAUUUAUAUAUAUAUGAAAAUAUAUCAAGUGCUUGAAAUUGUGAUGCACGAUAUUUGUUUUGGAGACUUUUAUUUACCGAUGGUACAUAUAAGCAAAAUUUAUGGAGUCUAUUAUAAGUAGAUCAUUUAAUGAUAUUUGUUAUAUUUGUUGGACCUAGCUACACCACAAGGAAUGAGGCCUUUACCAACGACAUUUUCGACAACUAUCCAGACAACAUGUCGUCUGACGAGCCUAUACCUAUACCAACAACUUGGCGUUUGUACAAAGUCGUCGGGAUAGCCCCGUCGGUAAAAGUGGAAAAUAUCGUGAUAAAUAUUGUCGGUACAGAGCAACCAAUUUAGACGAC